UAAUGAUGUGUUCUUAAUGAAGGUUUAAUUAGGGUUUCUGGGUUUAAUUGGGGGUUUAAUAAGGGUUUAAGUAUAUAGGAAAAGGUUUAAGUAUGUGAAUUUAGGGUUUUAGUGAUGGAAUUUAAGGGUCUGCUAUAAUGAUGUGUUUUUAAUGAAGGUUUAAUUAGGGUUUCUGGGUUUAAUUAUCGGGUUAUAUUAUGCAUUUCUGUGGAUUUAUGCUUGAAGAAGGUUUAAUUAUAUGAUUAUGUGGUGUCAUUAAGUCAUGUGGGGUUCAAUUCUGUUAUAUUGUAGAUUAAUUAUAUCGGUGAAAAGGAGAUUAAUCGGUUACAAUCCGUGUUUCUUUAGGUUCAUGGUACAGAGGAAGGGUCACACUACCACCAGGGUCAUAAAACUACCCCUGGAAAUGCCCACAACUCCCACGAAAGCCUUGUCAAAUGGGUGUUUCUUUAGGUUCAUGGUACAGAGGAAGGGUCACACUACCACCAAGGUCAUAAAACUAUCCCUGGAAAUGCCCACAACUCCCACGAAAGCCUUGUCAAAUGUGUGUUUCUUUAGGUUCACGGUACAGAGGAAGGGUCACACUACCACCAGGGUCAUAAAACUACCCCUGGAAAUGCCCACAACUCCCACGAAAGCCUUGUCAAAUGUAUGUUUCUUUAGGUUCAGGGUACAGAGGAAGGGUCACACUACCACCAGGGUCACUAAACUACCCCUGGAAAUGCCCACAACUCCCACGAAAGCCUUGUCAAAUGUGUGUUUCUUUAGGUUCAUGGUACAGAGGAAGGGUCACACUACCACCAGGGUCAUAAAACUACCCCUGGAAAUGCCCACAACUCCCACGAAAGCCUUGUCAAAUGUGUGUUUCUUUAGGUUCACGGUACAGAGGAAGGGUCACACUACCAACAGGGUCAUAAAACUACCCCUGGAAAUGCCCACAACUCCCACGAAAGCCUUGUCAAAUGUGUGUUUCUUUAGGUUCACGGUACAGAGGAAGGGUCACACUACCACCAGGGUCAUAAAACUAUCCCUGGAAAUGCCCACAACUCCCACGAAAGCCUUGUCAAAUGUGUGUUUCUUUAGGUUCACGGUACAGAGGAAGGGUCACACUACCACCAGGGUCAUAAAACUACCCCUGGAAAUUUUGGGGGGUAUAAGUACGAGGGUUUUUUUCUGAAGAGGAGUUUAAGGAUAUAUUAAUGAGGGUUUAAAUAUCUGUUUAUCGGGUUUAAAUCUGGUAAUAUAUAUUGUUUUAUUUUACUUUAAUUGUUGUUUUAUAUAGAUUUUUUUAUUUCUUUAUAUUUUC